AUGGACCCUCAUCUUCUCUUAAAAGCAAUAGGGUUUUUCCUACUUGUAAUAAUUGGGAUUCCAGGAAAUAUGUUUAUUAUUAUACAAUUUGCCUUUGUCAAAAUUAUUGAAAAAAAACUGCUUCCAACCAAUAUGAUAUUGACCAUGUUGGCAACAGCCAAUCUUUUAGUCAUCCUUUCUAGGAUCAUCCUACAAUCCUUGAAUGCAGUAGGUAUAAAGGAUUUGCUUGAUGAUUCUGAAUGUAAAUUUGUGAUUUUUACAUACAGAGUAAGCAGGGCUAUGUCUAUUUGUAUUACCAGUCUACUAAGUUGUCACCAGUGCAUUCUGAUUGCCCCAUCAACUAAAGUGUGGACCUACCUGAAACAGAAGGUCUCACAAAAUGUCAUGGCGAUCAUCACCGUUUUCUCAUUUCUUAUGCUUUUAAUGUAUUCUUACUGUAUACAUAUUACACAUGCAAAGAGAAAUAUGACAUCGUCAUUCUACACUCUUCACUUGGUGUAUUGUGAUGUCGACUUCCAAACCUACACAUCAUAUAUUAUCAAUGGAACUUUGUAUGCCCUUUGGGAUUUUCUUUUUGUCACGCUGAUGAUGCUUGCAAGCUUUUACAUAGUGUACAUCUUGCUUCAACAUGAGAGAACUGUGAAAGGAAUCAGGAGUUCAGACAGAAGUCAAAAAAAUUCAGCUGAGUACAAAGCCUCAAGAGCGGUCUUCUUAUUAGUUGCCCUCUAUGUGAUACUAUUUGGACUAGAUAACUCAAUGUGGGCCUAUACAUUAACAUUGUCUAAUGUAAGCCCUGACUUAAAUGAUGUCCGGAUAUUCUUAGCAUCCUCUUAUGCAACACUAAGCCCUAUAGUCAUUUAUAUAACCAACCCUAAACUUAAACAUAGUUGGAAAUACACAUUUGGGGAGAGGUCUUCUCUCAAAAAUGGAGAGAACAAUGGACUUGUGUUCUCAAUAAGUAAGUAA